AUGAACCCGGUGAAUGCCACUGCUCUCUACGUUUCAGCGAGCCGCCUGGUGCUCAACUACGACCCUGGGGAUCCCCAGUCUUUUACAGAGAUUAACAAGCUCCUGCCCUACUUCAGGCAGUCCCUCUCCUGCUGCGUUUGCGGAAAUUUGCUACAGGACCCUAUCGCUCCUACCAACUCCACAUGUCAGCAUUAUGUCUGCAAAACUUGUAAAGGCAAGAAGAUGAUGAUGAAACCGUCAUGUAGCUGGUGCAAGGACUACGAACAGUUUGAGGAGAAUAAGCAGUUAAGCAUCUUAGUGAACUGCUAUAAGAAACUCUGCGAAUAUAUAACACAAACUCCACUGGCACGAGACAUUAUCCAGGCAGUUGAUUGUUCUGCAGAUCUUCUGGCUUUGCUCAAAGAUGGAUCACCACUCCAUGAAGAGACAGAAAAAUCUUCCGAGACAGCCUUGGCUUUGUGUUUGACACAUUCCCCAGUACCUUCAACCUCAGAACUCACAGCUGAUCCUCCAGCUAGUUUUACAUCCAUACCUGAAAGCACACACAACAUUGACAUUAGAGGUUCUGUUAUCAACGGGUUGCCCAAUUGUAAUGGGCUUUCGGUAGAUAAACUGGGAGUGAGUAUUCCUUCUCCUGAACAUGCAAACACCAUCGAUGUCUGCAGUACUGGAGAGUAUAUAAAAACUGAAGAUAUCUCCAGCAGCCUGCAGCCUGUGUGUGAUACAGUUUCUACCAGUGACUUGUGUACGACAGGCAUUGACAUCUGCAGUUUCAGUGAAGAUAUCAAACCAGGUGGCUCGCUUCUCCUUAGUGUUGAGGAGGUUCUCCGCAGCUUAGAGACUGUUUCAAAUACUGAAGUCUGUGAUUCUAAUUUGCAGCCCAGCUUGGAAGCAAACAUGACAAAUGGCCCUUUCCUGCAGCUUUCUCCCCCACCUCUUAGCCAUAACACUUUCAUUUCCACAGACGCAUCUCCUCAUGGAAUCUCCUGUACAGCGGCGACGCCUAAGGUUGUGAAGUUGAACAGAAAGCGAUCUCGAUCGGAAAGUGACAGUGAAAAGGUUCAACCUCUGCCCAUUUCCAGCAUCAUCUGUGGCCCAACAUUGGGAGCAUCGGCUCCUGUAACAGUGAAACAGGAAAACAAAAUGUCUUUGCAGCCUAUUGCAACUGUACCUAAUGGAGGCACUACUCCCAAAAUCAGUAAAACUGUGCUGCUGUCUAACAAAAGCAUGAAAAAGAAUUUAGAACAUGCCCCUAAGAAAUCCCACCCAAAAGCCAAAACAGGGGUGCUGAAAACAAAAGACAAAGCAAAGGAGAAAGUUUCUAGCAGUAAUGUUAUGCCAGGAAGCCCAACAAAAACUGUGUAUAAAAAGCCACAAGAAAAGAAGGGGUGUAAAUGUGGUCGUGCCACCCAAAAUCCAAGUGUUCUUACAUGCCGUGGCCAACGCUGCCCUUGCUAUUCUAACCGCAAAGCCUGCCUUGACUGCAUAUGCCGUGGCUGCCAAAACUCAUACAUGGCUAAUGGGGAGAAGAAGCUGGAGGCAUUUGCAGUGCCAGAAAAGGCCUUGGAGCAGACUAGGCUUACUUUGGGCAUUAAUGUGACAAGCAUUGCGGUGCGCAAUGCCAGCACAAGCACCAGUGUAAUCAAUGUGACAGGGUCACCGGUAACUACGUUUUUAGCUGCCAGUACACACGACGAUAAAAGUUUGGAUGAAGCUAUAGACAUGAGAUAUGACUGUUGAACCUUUCUUUUCCCUGCCCUCAGUAGGGGAACUGCUACAGUUUAAGGCAGCUAUGGUUCUGUUUAACUUGCUGGAGCACCUGCGUUUAGAUCACUUGUAU